UGGAAAGUGCUUUCGCAGCCAUAGUCGUCGUCCGGACUGGGCACCCGUCGCAUCCUCACUCACUCACUACUCUCUACCGUGACUCCAGCUACAAGAGCAGCCACUGGGGCGACUAGUACUCAUUAGAUAAUAUAUUAAUUUAGAGAUUGAUAUGCAUGGUAAUAAUGAUCCAAAUGAAAAAGUGCCUGAUUCAGAGAAGAGAACAAGAACAAGGAUUUAUAAAAAAGAUUUAGGUCUGCCUCUGAGGAUAGAUGACUUCAGUGAUAGAAUUAAGAAGGAGAAACAACGUGAACAAGAGCGAAUUAAGAAGCGUGAACAAGAGCGAAUGAAGCAAAAUCACCCUGAGCAAAAUCAAUCCAGUAGUAGUAAGAGUGACUUCAGUGAUAUUAAGAAGCGUGAACAAGAGCGAAUGAAGCAAAAUCACCUUGAGCAAAAUCAAUCCAGUAGUAGUAAGAGUGGUCAGGAUAGCAGUGAUUCCUGCUUUAUUAUUCCAAUAAUUACGACAAUGGCCUUAUCAACUACGAAUGUGGAUUUUUCAAUCCCGAUCCCGGCUCCCGGAUCCAAAUAUCAUCUAGAUUCGCCCGACUCAAAAUGGACAUGGUCAUUGAAAAUACCGAAAAUCUCUGAAUGUACUGUUUCUGCUUCGUUCGACGCAGAGUGGGAUGGACACACUGUCAACGUUGAUGUGGAACUACCCGUCCUCAAGGAGAUGCUCAGGUAUAUCUACACAGGAAGUCUUGGAGACAAUGUUGACAUGGUCAAGCUUCUCGUAGCUGCUGAUAUGUACUUGGUCUCUGACUUGUGUGAUGAGGUCUCAGAGAGGCUUAAGCAUAAUUUGUCAUCUAAUAUCAACAACGCUUCAUCAACCUGCUGCAACUUAUUGAAAAAAAGUGCUGCAAACAACAGUCCGUCUCUCUGGAGAGUUGUACUUCAUUACUUGAAAUCACAUCGUGAUCAGGUGCUGAAGUCUAAAGAGUGGGGUGAAUUCCAGAGGACCAACCACCAGACAGCAGCUGAAGCCGUGCUUGACAUGUACAACCUCCCUGACUAGUUAUCUGUGAAAAGGACGAAUUAACUUAAACUACCACGUGUGUCAGAGAAGUUUAUUUUUUCAUCUUUAGUUAUCAGUAUAUUAUCUUCAGUAUAUUAUCUUUGAAAUUGAUAUAUUACUGAAACUACCUCCUGUAUAAGAGAAGUAAUUUCUUUUUCCUUAUUAAUCAAUAAAUUUGUCAAAUUGA